CUCCCUGAGAGGCGUCUGGUCCUCCCUUCAGCCAUACAAGUGACCAAAGACUGCCACCAAAGCCACCAGCACAGUGAGAAUUAGCACCAAACCCCUGGACCUCAGGGGCGUGGCUCGCGAAGAGGCCCCACCCGGUCACCCCAUUGGUUAACGCUGCCGCGUGGUUGGGAUCCGCGGUCACCAGUCCCGGGCCCGCAGCUCCGCCCGAACGUGGGUCCAUGGGGACAAGAGGCCCAGGUGGGUGAGAAGCAAGCUCCUGUGCCCAGGAAGCCCGGUCCCCGGGCCAUGGGGGCACAGGUGAGGCUGCCUUCCGGAGAGCCCUGCCAAGAAGGCUAUGUGCUAUCUGUGGUCUGUCAGAACUCCUCCCAGUCUUGGUGUGAGAUCACAAAUGUGUCGCAGCUGCAAGCUUCUUCUAUCCUUGACGGAAACCUGAAUUCCAGCACAACCAACUGGAGCAUUUCAGCAAAUGUAGAAAACAAAUACAAUCUUUAUGUGGGCUUGCUACUGGCCAUAUGUUCUAGCAUUUUUAUUGGCUCUAGCUUCAUUUUGAAAAAGAAGGGACUCUUGCAACUGGCCAAUAAGGGUGUUACUAGAGCAGGACAAGGUGGACAUUCUUACCUCAAGGAAUGGGUGUGGUGGGCAGGAUUACUAUCAAUGGGAGCAGGAGAGGCUGCAAAUUUUGCAGCUUACGCAUUUGCACCUGCCACCUUGGUCACCCCACUGGGAGCUCUGAGUGUUCUUAUAAGUGCCAUCUUGUCUUCCUAUUUUUUAAAUGAGCAUUUGAACAUUCAUGGGAAAAUUGGCUGCAUAUUAAGUAUAUUGGGGUCAACUGUGAUGGUUAUCCAUGCCCCACAAGAAGAGGAAGUCACUUCUUUGCAUGAAAUGGAAAUGAAAUUGAGAGAUCCAGGAUUUGUUUCCUUUGCUGUGAUCAUAACUGUGAUCGCCUUGGUGCUGAUUUUGAUUGUGGCCCCCAGGAAAGGACAGACCAAUAUAUUGGUCUAUAUAUCAGUCUGUUCUUUGAUUGGAGCAUUUUCAGUUUCUUCUGUCAAGGGCCUGGGAAUUGCCAUCAAAGAACUACUAGAAUGGAAGCCAGUUUACAAGAAUCCCCUGGUCUUUGUUUUGCUGGCUGUACUUGUGCUUUCAGUAACUACACAGAUUAACUAUCUCAACAAAGCACUGGAUACUUUUAACACGUCUCUGGUGACCCCCAUCUAUUAUGUCUUCUUCACCUCCAUGGUAGUGACUUGCUCCGCCAUCUUAUUCCAGGAGUGGUAUGGCAUGAAUGCUGGAGAUAUCAUCGGGACCCUGAGUGGGUUCUUCACCAUUAUCAAUGGCAUUUUCCUUCUACAUGCUUUCAAAAAUACUGACAUUACCUGGAGUGAACUGACAUCCUCUGCUAAGAAAGACAUUCUUUCUCCAAAUGGCAACGAGAGCAGUUACGUUUUACUAGAGAACUUAGAAAGUUCGACCCCAGGAUAUGAUGAUGAUGUCACCUUAUUUAGCAAGACUGAAGAUCAGAGUCCCCAUAAAACCUAAAUUGUAACCAACAUCAGAUACUCGAAGAGGAGAAAGAAGAUUUAUUCUCUCGAAAGGACUUCAGGGAAAGUUAGUGUUUCUAAAGUUCUGGUACCUUAGAUGUAAGUCCAACUUCCAUGAAAUUUGAAAGUCAAGACCUGAUAUUCCUCCCAAGGAUUUCUGCAUGUUUUCACUGCUGAAAACUUUGAAAUAUCCCUUAAGCCUAAAAGAAGUCCAGGAGUUAUAUUUGUCUCAUAAUAAUCUUUUUCUUCUGGUCACCAUGGAUUUGACUCUGCCAGGUGGAUCUUCACUUCUCUGGUAACUAUUCUUAGCUUCACAGUAAUUCAUAAAGUUAACUAUGUUCUAAUAAACAGAGUACCAAUCA